CGGCAGCAGCAGCAGCCUGGAGACCACUGGGAAAAGUGGUCGUUUUCCGCGUGACCUCAGCUCACCCACUCUCAGCAGCGGUUAUCGAGAGCCCUCAGUGUCACAGCCGUACCAGAGGAGGAAGUGCAAAAAUAAAGAAGAAGGAGAAAAAGAGGAGGAGGGGUGGUGAUGGGGAUGAAGUGAGGACAGGCGACGGGAGACUCUCAGAGGCGAUGAAUGGAAGAAACAGAAGCAUGAUGACGGCUGUUUUUCUGCUCCUCAUGCUGUCAGCCGUCCCGGCCCGGAGCCAAGCCUUGCUGGACGUGUGCGCGUCCUGCCACCCUAACGCCACGUGCGAGGACAAGUCAGACGGCUCUGGAAAAGUCUGCAACUGCAACUACGGCUUCGUUGGAAAUGGGAGAACCCACUGUCAGGAUAAAGACGAGUGUCAGAUAGGAGCCAGUAAGAUCUGUGGGCAGCACACCACCUGCCACAACACGUACGGCAGCUACUACUGCACCUGCCUGUCUGGCUACAGCCCAUCCAACAACAUGGAUGUCUUCAUCCCAAACGACGGAACCCACUGCCAAGAUAUUGACGAGUGCAGGACCACAGGGCCAUGCGGAGAGGGAGGUCAGUGCAGAAACCUUGAGGGCAGCUUCGACUGCAGCUGCCAGGUUGGAUACAGAGUCCACAACGGGGACGAGCCUUUUCGUCCACAGAGAGGCGGAGCUUCCUGCAAAGUGGUCGACUGUGGUCCGCCUGUCCCGGUGGAAGACUCGGCCCUCCUGUCCGUCACGGUCACCACCUACGGCGGCGUUGCCAGGUUUGUCUGUGAGGAAGGCUUCGUGUGGCGGAGGGGAGACAACAGCUCUGUGUGUGGAGCGGACGGAUCGUGGAGCGAGACCGGCCUGGUCUGUGAAGAGAUCUUGUGUGGGAAUCCUCCUUUGAUUGAAUUCGCAGAGCAGGUGUGGAGCAGCACUUCGUCCCCCGGCAGCUCAGUGCUGUACCUCUGUACUGAGGGCUUCCAUAGUAACGGAGGACAAAAUGUGUCAAUCUGUGGUAAAAACGGACAGUGGACAUCUCCGACGUUGUCAUGCCAAGAGACUCUGUGUGGAGAUCCACCUGUGGUGCCCCACACUGUGCAGGUGUGGGACGGCAGCUUCACCUCUGGAAGCACAGCAGCUUAUUACUGUAACCCGGGAUUUCACCACCACGAGGGUAGCAAUGUGUCAGUGUGUGCAGAUAACGGUUACUGGACAGAGCCUGGCAUUCUCUGCAAAGAGGUUGACUGCGGCGAGCCCACAUCCAUCCCUCACGCUGUGGUGGAGUGGGAUAACGUUUCCACUGUGGGCUCUAAGGUUGUUUAUAGGUGUGACCGUGGAUUUGUCAAUGUUGGCAAAGGAAAUGUAUCGGUUUGUACAGCCAGCGGAGGAUGGGACACGCCCUCGCUGUCCUGCCAAGAAAUCAGCUGCAGGAAUCCUCCUGUAAUAGAGCACGCUGACAUGCAGUGGCAUGGGACGCCACACGCUGGCGCUGUGGUGUAUUACCAGUGUGAGGACGGAUUCUCCACCCGAGGCCUGAGGAACUACUCAGAGUGUGGAGAGGAUGGAUUGUGGGAGGAUGUUGAUCUGUCGUGUGAAGAAGUAGACUGCGGCCCCCCGAAAUGUCUCCCCAACACUAACCUGCUGUGGGACGGCAGCAGCACGCCGGGCAGCGUGGCGCGGUGUGAGUGUGUGGACGGAUUUUACCAAGAGAGUGGAAGCGAUUUGUCAACAUGUUCUCUGUCAGGACUGUGGGGGGAAGUAUCUGUGAAAUGCAAAGCUAAAUGCGGCCCUGUUCCCUUCCUGGCCCACUCGGAGGUGGUGUGGCACAACAGGAGUGUUGUGAUCCACCGCUGUGCGGCAGGAUACCACAGCUGGAGGGGCGUCAACGCGUCCGUGUGUGGCGACUCCGGACUGUGGGUCAGAGCUACCCUCAACUGUAUCGAGAUCAAGCCGCCUAUUCAUCAGCUGACGCUUUACAAUGGAAACUGUCUGAAGUGGAAGGCAGAGAAGUACGAGGAGGACACAGAACUUUACAAGGUGGUUUAUUUGGGAUCCAGAGAUUACCAGAGGUCGUUUCUAGACAAAGGGCGACGUGUGCUGACCUCCAGAGACGACCGGCUGACGAUCUGCCUGCGGCUGCUUCCACUGACAAACUACAGCAUUUCUAUCACUGCAGCAGCCGCCAGAUUCACGGCCAGCGUCUCGGCCAACACCAGUCUAACAGUACCUCCAGCACCAGUUGUGCACUACACAGAACUGGAGACUCCAGUUCCAACGCUGAGGCUGAGAAGAUCUCCCAACACUCUGGAUCCCAUCAGCUUCUACCAAAUCUUCGUGCUUCCUGUCGAGGGGCUUGUGGUAUUCGACUGCUCCUCCCCUGCCAGCCUCGACCCUUCCAGCGGAUCGGGGUCACCGGUUGAGUACGUGACCGCCCAGCUUGGUGUGCAGAGCCUUGGGGCAGAGGUCAACUUCACGGUGGGGGACGGCGUCCUCUACGGGGGCUUCUGCAACGCGCCGCUGCAGAGCGGCAACACCUACUUCAUCAUCCUUCGGGUUGUCAGUCGGUGGAAAACGAUGUCGACAAGUUGCUGCGUCCUUUGGGCUAAAGUAGCAGGUGCCUCCGAAUGCACGCAAAUCACAGAGAUAAGUCGAUAUCACUCUCUGAAAAGCAAUUUUUGUUUUCUUUUCUUCCCAGGAACAUCUUACGUCCUGAGGGUGUCGGCGCUGUGCGCUGCUGCCUCUGUAGCAGCGCUUGCCAUGGUUUCAUUAGGAGCAUAUGGCUUGUCCUGGUGUGUGAACAGGAUGUAGGCAUUCUCGGCUCCGCUCUCUACUGCCACAGUGAACAAAUGCAAUGAUUGCAAACUGUAUAUUCUGCAAAUGCUUCACAUAUCACCAUUUACGUCACCCCACAUGAAUAAACGUAUGUUUUCCACCAUCUGCUGGAUUAAGGCUUGUUAUCGACGAAGGAGUGUGAUCAUUUUCUGUCUGCUGUGUUGCUGCUGGACUCGCUCUUCGUUCUGCCUUUCCAUAUGUGAAAACUGCUGUUGACAGAAACUUCCCAGUAAAAACACACUGGGAUGUUUGUGGGUGUGCCACGAAACAGUGACAAAGUGAUUAAAAAACUUAAAGACC